AUGUCUUCUCCCAACAAGUCCAACUCCCCAUCAGCCCCCGGCGAUGCCGACCAGCCGGAGGAGAAGCCUCGCCUGACCGAGGCAGAGAAGAAACAAAACCACAUUGCGUCAGAACAGAAGCGACGUCAGGCGAUCCGUGAAGGUUUUGACCGGUUGACAGAAUUGGUACCAGGACUGGAAGGCCAGGGUCGCUCAGAAGGUCUUGUACUUAAGAGAACCGUUGAGUUCAUGCGCGAUCAACUUGCUGAGCGGCAGGCCUUGGUUGAGCGCAUCGAGAGCACCGGUGCUGAGGUGGACGAAAAGUUCAAACGGUAA